UAAGAUACAACGCAUAUGUGACUUGUGAAAAGAAUUACAUUUUAUCAAAAUUUAACUAGUAAUUCUAUUUAGAAAUAUUAUUUACAUUCGAACAAUGCACAUAAAGAAUAAUAAAAGAUAACAAAGAUAAUUUGUGUCAAGUAAAAAAGUGUAAGCAAAAAGAUUUCUUUGAGACAAAUGGUUUAUCAACGUGGAAAUCAGAGGGAUGGUUCCCCACAUUAUGUUUUUUUAUAUUCAGAUGAUGAAAAUAGUGGAGAUGAAGAAACUAUUUCUCUGCAACAAUGUAAUAAAUCAUUGCCACGUAAGGUGGAAGUUAUAUAUGUUCCACUGAAAUCAGAAGACACAUUACAAGCAUUGGCAUUACGGUAUAGAUGCACGAUUUCUGAAUUGAAGAGAAUCAACAAGAUUCACAAAGAAAAUGAAAUACAUGCAAGAAGAUUCAUCAAAGUACCUAUACAACCAUUUUCUUUAUUGACUGAAACCUUAGAACAUGAUCAAAAAAAUAAUCAAUUAGAUAGAAGAGAAGUAAGUAUAUCUACUCCUGAUGAAAAAACAGAAAAUAUAGUAAUGGCAGAUCCAUUAUUAAAUGUGAUAAAAAAUCCUGUUGUGAUUGAAUUGCCAAAGGCAGAAAUUAAUACAAUUAUAUUAAAUUCUGUUUGUGAACCUUUAUCAUCAUACAACAAUAGUAAUUCUUUAGAAAUUACCAAUUCAGAAUGUGAUCAAUUACUUACCUCAACAGAGAAUAAUACAAAAAACCCUCAUUUAACAGAAACAUUUAGAUGUUCUGGUGAUGAUUGUGGAUUAUCAUGGACACAACUUCUUGGAUUUUCUUUAUUAUUAGGUUUUGCAGGACCUAUUAUAUAUAUACUUUAUAUAAUUGAAUUUUCUUCUAAAAAUCAUUUAGUUAAUAAUCAUUAGCUAUUUUUUUAAAUAAAAAUAUAUAUUGCUGAUAUAAUAAGUACAAGAGUUAUAAUAGCAGUCAUAAAAACUUGCAAUAUUAAUCAGUUAAAGAUGGCUAUAUUUUAUAUGAAUGAGACUAUAUAAAAAUUUGAAAAUUUGAUCUGAAUAUUAUUGCUAAUAUUGGCAAAAAUAUAUGAUAUUUAAUGAAUAAGAUAUUAUUUUCUUAUAUUUAAUUGUAUAAUAUAUUAAACUGUAUAAAUGAAAUAUAUACAUUAAUUUUUAAUUAAAUAUUAGAAAUAAUAUUAAAUAGCACAGUACAUAGUGCCUUUGUAAUUAUUCAUAAAUUUUUCUUUAAUUAUAUCAGCAUUUAAAAAUAGGAAUCGCCAAAGAUAUGCUGAUUGGCAGUUGAAUUAUUUAUAAAGAUUUGUAUAAAAAUGUUAAUGGAUAUUAUAUAUCUUAUUUUAAUUUCUAAUAAUAUUUCGAUAAUUCACACGAUAUGAAAUUAUUUUUAUUUAUAUUGAUAUUAUUGAAAAAAAUAUAUAUUAAUAAUAUAAGAUGAUUGUGAUGAAUUUAUACACUCUAUUGAUAUAAUAUGCUCUUUUGUAAUUAAAUAUGUCUCUUAAUUGACAA